UUUAUAUUUGUCAUUGAUUGGAAAGAGAGAAAUAAACUGUCCAUGGAGGCCUCAGCUGGCAUGUACAAUAAAGCUAUGCCAUAUUUGGCCAUGGUUUUUAUGAGGUUUGGCUCUGCAGGCAUGCCCAUAGUUGCCAAGUUCGCACUUAAUAGGGGCAUGAGCCAACAUGUCUUGGUAGUUUACCGGUUUGUCAUCGCCACAAUUGUCCUUGCACCUUUCGCCAUUGUUUUCGAUAGGAAAAUAAGGCCAAAGAUGACCUUCUCUGUAUUUGUUCAGAUAUUGCUGCUGGGCUUAUUGGAGCCAACAAUUGAUCAGAACUUAUACUAUACAGGGAUGAAGUACACAACGGCAACUGUUGCAACUGCAUUGUGCAAUGUUCUUCCUGCUUUUGUAUUUUUGCUAGCGUGGGCCUGUAGGCUUGAGAAGGUUGAUAUGAGGAAACUGCAUUGCCAGGCAAAGAUUUUGGGGACCCUUGGGACUGUUGGAGGAGCAAUGAUUAUGACUUUAGUUAAUGGGCCAAUAUUGCCUUUGCCAUGGACAAAAGUUAAAAAUGAGCACCAAUCUACAGAUUCUGCAACCAAGGAUGACCCCUUAAAGGGUGCUCUCAUGAUCCUUGCAGGCUGUGUCUGCUGCGCUUGUUUUGUCAUUCUUCAAGCGAUGACGCUAAAAUCAUACCCUGCUGAGCUCUCCCUAACAACUUUAGUUUGCUUGAUGGGCGCAAUUGAAGGUACCAUUGUUGCCCUAGUAAUGGAAGGGGGCAAUGCUGCAGCUUGGUCCAUACACUGGGAUUCUAAACUCUUGGCUGCAGUUUACAGUGGAGUUAUCUGUUCUGGGGUUGCUUACUAUGUAGGAGCAAUGGUAAUACAAGCCAAGGGACCUGUUUUCUUUGCUGCUUUUAACCCUCUGACCAUGGUUAUCGUCGUCAUUAUGAGCUCCUUUAUCUUUUCUGAGACAAUGUAUUUAGGAAGUUUUAUUGGAGCUAUUGUCAUUGUUGUUGGCCUCUACCUAGUUUUGUGGGGUAAGAGCAAGGAUCAGAAUUCAUCAGAUUCGGACAGCAACGAGGUGGCAGCUGCUCCAUGUAGUGGUGAGCAAAUGGCCAUCGUUGGUACUGAAAUAGCAACAGUGACUUCCAAUCAAGACGUUGUUCUUUUAGAUGUAAUUAGCAGAGAUGCGGCUGCUGCUGAUGAUGAAUCUGUUAAAGAGAAAAACCAACAACAAAUACCAUAA